AUGAAGAGGAACCCUCGCAAAGUGAAGUGGACCAAGGCUUACAGACGGGUGCAUGGGAAGGACAUGACUCAGGAUUCAACAUUUGAAUUUGAGAGGAAACGAAAUAGACCAGAGAGAUAUGACAGGAAUGUGGCAGAGGAGACUCUCAAGGCCAUUAAGAAAAUUGAUAAAGUCAGAGUUGACAGGGAUGCCCGACACCAUGCAAAGAGGAUGAAGGGAAAGAAGGCCCAGGUGGCGAAAGAAGCUGCAAAGGAACUGGAACAGAGCAUUCACAUGGUCAAAGCUCCUGCUGCUCUCCAAAAAGAGCCCUACCUCACAUUGCCAAAGGUUUCCCAGAAGCAAACAGAGGACAUUAUGGUAGACUAG